CUCUUAUUUCUUAUUUGGAGCUCUAAGUGUAAUGAAAAAGCACAGAGUAUUGUUAGUGUACAAUACCAAACUAGACGAUGUCAACUAUUGGUUGAAAUCAUCAUUAUCACUGACUGUUGUGAUGGGCAUAGCAUGGCUUGGUAAUGUCGUCUUCUUUAGGAAAGAGCUUCUCUUCAUUGCACACAUCAUGACAGUCUUCAUUGCUGCUCAAGGAAUUAUUAUAUUUAUACUUUAUGUCCUGUUGUCCAAACAAGUAAGGAGUUCAUAUUUGAAAUGGUGGUAUGACAAACAAGUCGGAAAGUCUCUCAAGAUCACUAAAAUGACUAAUUUAUCAGAUGGAACUACAUCUCAUUUUAGAGUGGAUACAUCUGUGGAACAUAUUUAUGACUCCAUACGACAUGUGAUUAAAGAAUCAGAUUUGAGAUUUACCGAAAGCGUUUUCCACAACAAAGCAGUUACAACGCUAUAAAGUGAUGUUCUUUAACUCAAGACCAUCAUAAUGUUUUUUAUUUUAUAAAUGUUCCAUUUAUUUGCUUACAUGUCAAUAGAGGUUGAGGUUUGAGAAUUGGAGAUUAAUCUCUCAUUCUCUCUCUUGUUAUUUAUUUGUUCCUUAAAAAUAAAAAAGUAUUACCAACUUAAACUGAAGCCAAAAGCAAGCUCCAUGACUCCAUUGAAUUGAUAUGUCUUCUUAUUGUGGGAGUCUGGCUCUGCUAGUGGUGUACAAA